UCAUAACGCCGAUGCCUCAAACGUUUUUACGAGGACCCUGGUAUAAAUAUGGCUGGAGUAGUUAUUCAUUUUUCCAAAAUGAAAGGAUAGAAACUAAGGAACAGAAACGAAUCAGAAACGAAUCCUGGUUAUGUGUCCUUUACCUAACCUUUGAUAACUACUUUUAUUCCUUGUUCUAUAUUUAGUCUACCAGACUCUCCGUUUACAAUGAGUGGAUUAUUUCUGAAAAAUGUAUUGGUGGCAGCAGCGGUAUGUUGCUCGGUGCUGGUCACGGUGGCACUGGGGUCUCUGUUGGGGUCCCCGGUGUUAGCGCAAGAGCCGAUCCGAUGCGCCCCGUGCGCGCCGGAGAAGCUGAGCGAGUGUCCAGUGGUGGCGCACGGCUGUGUGGAGGUUCUGAGUGAGCCGGGUUGCGGAUGCUGUCUUGUCUGCGCCCUGAUGACGGGGGAACUGUGCGGAAUCUACACGGCGCCAUGCGGGUAUGGACUGAGGUGCACCCCCAUACCCGGCGACCUCCAGCCGCUGCAGUCCCUUAUUCGCAGCCAGGCGGUGUGCAUGGCGAGCCCUAUUCCCCAAAACCCAGAUCGAGGAGAGGUGAACGCUACCGAGGUCUCAGGCCCCUGCCUCACGCGCUACCCUCCUGGCCACAACAAGUCCUUCGAUCCCCCGUCUACCGCGGACGCGCAGGAGAGCAUGAAAGCCAAAGUCAGCGCAAUCAGGAAGAAACUGGSGAAGCAGGCUCCCUGUCAAAUGGAGUUGCAGAGAGCUCUGGAGAAGAUCGCUAAGUCACAGCAGAAGCUAGGAGACAAACUGGCCAAGUUCUACCUGCCAAACUGUGACAAACACGGGCUCUACAAAGCCAAACAGUGUGAGUCGUCUCUUGAUGGACAGAGAGGCAGGUGUUGGUGUGUGUCCCUCUGGAAUGAGAAAGAAGAUUCCAGGAUCCACUGAUCUGUCUGGAGAUGCAGACUGUUCUUAAGAGAUCAACCACUGAUGCAGAACACACACACACUAACACGCACGCACGCACGCACACACACACCACA